AUGCGGCUGCCAACGGAGUUGCUCGCGCUGCUGGCGUGCGCUGCGCAGGCCUGGGCGAAUACCGAGAUCGUCAAUUUCGACGUCUCUCUCAGCCCCGACCUCCCGCUGCCGCAAGCCGCGGCGUGGCCGACGCUGUCUCCCGAGGCCGCAGAGCAGCUCUUCCACGUCACGCCCGCCCCGCUCGGCGCGUCCAUCGCGGACGUGUGCGAGCCUGCGACGCUCGACUCGCUCGGCGCGUGCCCGCACGAGCUGUGGCUCGCCCUGGGCACCGACGCGCCGCCGUGGGACGGUUUCACCAAGUUCACGCUCCGCAUAUCGUGGCCAGCUACGUCCCCGGCCGACUUCCACAUCGACACCUUCGCGCCGGACGAGCUCGUGCAGCGCCUGCGCGCGCCGCACCUCGCCCACGUCCGGCUCGCCGCGCGCGGGCGCACCCGCCGGCGGUUCGCGCGCGUGCGCGUCGUCAGCACGGGGGUGCUCACGCCGUCCGCCGACGGCGCGCACGCGCGGCGGGCGCGCGAGCCGGUGUCGUUCGUGGUCAGGGUCGAGCCGCUGUACUUCGGGGUGCUCCCGGGGUCGGUCGUCCCGGUGGUGCUGCUGCUGCUGGCUGUCGCGGCCGCGGCGGGGUUCGUGGUCCGUCCGGUGGUGCAGAGGCGGUUGGAGGAGGUGGCGGGGGCGGUGAGGGCCGGACGUGUGCGGGAGGAGAAGUCCGAGUAG